GGUUCUAGGCCCAAGAUGGAUGCCCUAAGACUGGCAAAUUCGGCUUUUGCUGUUGAGUUUUUCAAACAACUGACUGAAAAGGAGCCAGCAGGAAAUGUUCUCUUCUCUCCAAUAUGUCUCUCCACUUCCCUGUCACUUGUUCAAGUAGGUGCCAAAGGAGACACAGCAAAUGAAAUUGGACAGGUCCUUCACUUUGAAAACGUCAAAGAUGUACCCUUUGGGUUCCAAACAGUCACUUCUGAUGUUAAUAAGCUCAGCUCUUUUUACUCUUUGAAACUAAUCAAGCGACUUUACAUAGACAAGGCUCUGAACCCUUCUGCAGAAUUUAUCAGUUCUACAAAAAGACCGUAUGCAAAAGAAUUGGAAACUGUUGACUUCAAAGAUAAACUGGAAGAAACGAAAGGUCAAAUUAACAGCUCCAUUAAGGAGCUCACAGACGGUCACUUUGAGAACAUUUUGUCAGAGAACAGUAUAAGUGACCAGACCAAGAUCCUUGUGGUUAAUGCCGCCUAUUUUGUUGGAAAGUGGAUGAAGAAAUUUCCUGAAUCGGAAACCAAAGAAUGCCCAUUCAGAGUCAACAAGACAGACACCAAGCCAGUACAAAUGAUGAAUCUUGAGGCCACAUUCUGCUUGGGCAACAUUGAUGACAUCAACUGUAAGAUCAUAGAGCUUCCAUUCCAGAAUAAGCAUCUCAGCAUGCUCAUCGUGCUCCCCAAGGACGUGGAGGAUGAGUCCACAGGCCUGGAGAAGAUUGAAAAACAGCUCAGUCCAGAAACACUGUUGCAGUGGACCAACCCCAGCACAAUGGCCAACGCCAAAGUCAAACUCUCCCUCCCAAAGUUUAAGGUGGAAAAGAUGAUUGAUCCCAAAGAUAGUCUGGAAAGUCUGGGGCUAAAAAGCCUCUUCAAUGAAAAUACAUCUGAUUUCUCUGGAAUGUCAGAGACCAAGGGAAUGUCCCUAUCAAAUGUGAUUCACAGAGUAUGUCUAGAAAUAACUGAAGAAGGUGGUGAGUCCAUCGAGGUGCCGGGAUCCCGAAUCUUACAGCACAAGGAUGAAUUCAAUGCUGACCACCCAUUUAUUUAUCUCAUUAGACACAACAAGACACGAAACAUCAUUUUCUUUGGCAAAUUUUGUUCUCCUUAAGUGGCAGGGACUUGACAAAUCUCAGGUAAUUUGUCUGUAGCUGCAGAUCUCUGUAAACUUUGUAUCCAGAUAAUCACUUUCUACGCAAUAAAUUGUUAAUUUUGCUGAAUCAGGAAGCUGUCCUU